AUGGCUGCGAUACCUGCUAUCGAGAUUGUGAACUGGGUGGCCUCUACGGCAUACCUCAACGAUCCCAGCGUUAUCGACGAGGGUAUCAAGUUCGUCUUGAAUGUCACGGGAGUUCUUGACGUGUGGAACGGUCUGCAGACAGAAAGGCCCAACACCUAUUUGGCCACAGCUUGGACAUCCAUCGAGGCGCACGAGGCUCUCGAAGCCGACAAGGCGAGAUACGCCCAGUCCCUCGCCUUACUUGCUCCUGCCAUGGCGGCGGACCCGGAAGCCGUACUCUUUCAUGCCGACCUCGAUCCAGACUACCCACUAGUGUUCAAUUCCCCUGCGACGGAAUUUGUGCAGGUCUUGCCAAAUGAUGGCGUCACUGCCAACACAACCAGCUCUCUGUUGGCGCAGCUGAAGGAAGAUGCCGUGAAAACAUGUGGUGCAUUAGCGGCCAGCUGGGGUCCGAUAGUAGAGCAGGCGCAGACGCUUAUGGCGGUAGUUGGGUGGAAGAGUGUCAGCGAGGCCAAUGAUGCUUGCUUUGCGGAUAUUACAAAAGAUCUGCAAGCUAGCGCUACCCUCACUCUGUCUCAUGCGCAUAUGAGAGAAGGGGCAUAG